AACAUAAGGUACACAGGGAAGACCGGUGUAUGCCUCUCUUGCUGGGUGAAGCAGGAGCUGACCGAGGAAAGGCUGACUCCAGCCAGCAGAGCGAGUUGUGAGAGAGCUAAGGUGACAGAGGCCGGGAUCUGUGUAAUCUAGACCCGGGUAGGCUGAAGCAGUCUGCGGUGGGCCAGGGCCCGAGACCUGGACACGGUGAACUCGCCGAGAAGGAAGCAAGCGGCUCUAGCCGUGAGCCGCCAUAUCCUUUAAAAUCAUUCUACGCUGAGACGGAGCUGACACUUUAAAAUAUCCAGUUAGAGUGACCACCACUACCUAGGGCAGCCUCCCACGGUGGCCGGCCUCCGGGUGGACAGCUGACACGGCUAGGGAGGCGGCCCGGCCCCUCCCAACCAGACUUGCUCCCAGACUCUCUUCGGAGCUUUCUCCGAUGUACAGGGGCUGUACACGGGCCGCGAGCCUCCUGGUGGCCAAGGAACUGAUGCCCAGAUCCAAACCUCUUCCUGCACCCCGGCUUCAGACGCCUGACCCAAAGGCACCUCCCCUUUAAGAACUUGCCGAGCCCUCCCGCCUCCUUUUUCUCGCGGGUCGCUCUCUUAGCGCUACCCCGCCCCCUGGAGGCGCACUGCGUCACCGCGUAGCCGCGUCUUCGCGCCUGCGCCGUGGAACCACCCGGGCAAAUGACGGGCGUGGGGGGGGGCGCUAGUCUGACAGGAACUGGGCGAGGGCGGGUGCCUCGCCGUGACUUCCGCUCCUGCGCCGCGGGGCCUGGUGAGCGGGCGCUUGCUGCUCUUCGGGACCCGUGACAGAGCUCUGCCUACACCGGAAAGGGUGGGCGGGACAGGCUGCCGCAUCCGGCGCUCCGUAUGACAUCGGCGGCGGGACCCCGGUGCCGAGUCUCCCGAGGCGGCUGUAGCUGCAAGUGCGGUGCACCGACGGUCGCGGUCGGUCAGGUUCUCGGCCCGCGGGGUCGGAUCGGUCGCCGCUGCGGUGGUCGAGGGGCUGUCGCUUGCAGAGAGCGAGUUUCCUGUGCGGCCGGCUUGAGUGUAAUUUAGUGACACUUCCUCCGAACCGGCGACGGCGUCUCCCACACAGCUGACUGUAGAUCGCCGGGGUUACUCUCCCUCUUCAAAAUCUAAGCUAAUUACCAUCGAAGGUCUUGAUGGGUCUUAAGGCCCUUGCCAUAGUCCCCAGUCCUUGGAGGUCCCCCAGGAAACUUUGUUGAUAAAACCGAGACUGUGAAGUACUUGAGGUUAACCCGGCGUCUCCGCGGCCCUUGUUUCUAGAUAUGGAUCAGAAACUUUCACAGUUGAUAGAAGAGCUCACAACUUCAGGAGAAUCCCAACUGAAUGCUCAGAAAAUGAAGGAACUGAAGAAAAUUUGCAAGUAUGUAUUUAGGUACCAUAAUAACUGAGCACCCACACCGUGGAGAUGGUGGGGUCCCUUUGAAGUCGAGCCCUCCGUCCGCUUGUACACCUCUGCCACCUCCUGCCCUCACCACCUGGAAAGGAAUUACCUGAUUACCUGGGCAUGGCGGCGCUUGCCUGUUGGGAGGUGGAGGCAGGGGGAUCAUGAGGACCAGGCCAAGGUGGGCAACAUAGUGAGAAUUUGUUUCAGAAACUCCAAAGAACCCCCGAAAGAGUUCUGGCGCUGUAAUCCCAGGGCACAUGGGUCCAGAAUGCAGUGCAGACGCUGAGCUUGCUGCCUCUGACCAUUCGUGUAUGGUAGAAAGCAAUCGCUAUGUCAAUAAAAGUGUAUCAUCUUCACUGUUGGAGUAAGGAGUUCGUGAGUGGGUCUUCAGAGGAGCAGCUGAGCCACGCCCACCGCCUGCUGAUGACACAGCUGACCCAGGACCAUGCUGAGAUCCGCCUCUCGGCCUUCCAGAUCGUGGAUGAGCUGUUCACCAGGUCUCAUCAGUUCAGAGUGCUGCUUGUUUCUGACUUCCAGGAGUUCCUAGAGCUCACACUGGGCACAGAUAAUGACUGUCCCCUGCCACCCCCACGGGAGGCAGCCCAGAGGCUGAAGCAGGCAGCCAUGCAGGCUGUGGAAGGCUGGAAUGAGAAGUUUGGGGAGGCUUAUAAGAAGCUAGCCUUGGGCUACCACUUCCUAAAACACACCAAAAAGGUGGAUUUUCGGGAUAUAAAUGUUAGGACUGUGGCAGAAAGGAAGCGAGAAGAAGAGAAGCAAAAACACUUGGACAGAAUCCACAGGGAAAGUGCUGAGCGGGCUAAGAGGGAAAUGGAAGAAAUGUCUGAUGAGAUUGGAUGCUGCCUGACAGAAGUGGAGAACUGCUUUAGGUUGCUGGUGCCCUUGGAUUUUGGCCCAAACCCAGAGGAUAAAUUCUUUGGUGAGGUAGCUGGCACAAUAGAGGGUCAAGCUCCUUGCACCUUGAGCCUGGACCUGGCAACUCCUCAUGAGUCUGGUCUCCCUGGACCCCAAGAUGAAGAGCAGCCAUGCUGCAGCAAGGACUUGGAUACCUCUGCAUACCAUGUUGGACCUGCUGUUGGUCUGAAGGCGCUAGCCCAAACAGCCAUGCAAGACCCCUCCAGGGAUGAGGAUGAACACAGCGACCCAGAGGAGUUCCUGCGGAGCCAUGGGCUGGGUUCCCACAAGUACACACUGGACGUGGAAUUCCAAUCAGAUGGUCUGAAGGUUCAGGAGAAUGAAGACAACCUUGCUGUCUUCCAAGCUGCCCGAGACUCGCUCAAACUCAUCCAGAACAAGUUUCUACCAACUGUGUGCUCCUGGGUCCAGCGGUUUACCCGUGCAGGCACCUACACUGGAGACUUAAAAAAGGCCAUUGACCUGAAAACGGAAUUGGAACUUGCUCUAAAGAAGUAUGAGGAACUGAACGUUGAGUCUGACAGAGGACAAAGGAGCAGGAUGGAAGCACCGGAGGACAGCGAGGAUGAAGAUCAGGACUUUGUGGAGGUCCCAGAGAAAGAGGGUUAUGAGCCUCGAAUCCCUGACCACUUACGGGCUGAAUAUGGGCUGGAGCCAAAGGCCCCACCAAAGACUCUGAUGAAGGGUACAGCUGUGUGUAGCCUACAGGAGAGGACAAGGAUGAGAAGGGAAGAGGAGGCAUCAGACCCCACCUCAGCAGCUGCCCAGCUGUUGCGGUUCCAGGACUCCUUGCCAUCCACCUCAUCAUCUUCCAGGGUACUUUUAGGGCCAGAGGAAGCCCAGAAGCAAGCAGAGCGGGCCCGAGCACCCAUUGUACCCUUCGGAGUGGACCUGUGUUACUGGGGCGAGGAGCACCUAACAGCUGGAAAGAUCCUUAAAUCUGACUCUCAACACCGCUUCUGGAAACCCAGCGAGAUGGAGGAGGAGGUGGAUAGUGCCCAUGUUUCUGAGAUGCUCCGUAGCCGACACAUUACCUUUUCAGGGAAGUUUGAGCCUGUGCAGCACAAGUGCCGGGCCCUGAGGCCUAAUGGCAGCCUCUGCGAGCGCCAGGAUCGGCUAAAGUGCCCGUUCCAUGGGAAGAUCAUCCCCAGAGAUGACAAGGGGCAGCCUCUCAACCCAGAAGACAGAGCCCGAGAACAAAGGCGGCAGCUGCAGCAGCAGCAGGCACAUCCAGAUUGGCAGGACCCUGAGUUUAUGAAGGACGUGGAGGCAGCCACAGGGGUAGACCUCGGUUCAUCCAAGUAUAGCAAGAAGGGCAAAGGAAGAAAGAAGAAACACCCCAACCUCACCGACCUUCGAGAACGUGCCAACACCUCUCGGGCCCGCCUGGAGAAGAAAGUCUUUGCCAAGGCAGCGGUGCAGAGAGUAGUGGCUGCCAUGAAUCAGAUGGACCAGAAGAAACACGAGAAGUUUGCAAACCAAUUUAACUAUGCGCUGAAUUAAAAGGGUGUGGGCUAAAUGGGCUGUGGUUCCCUUGGCCAUCAGCUCUUUUCCUUUCACCAGCUAACUAGGAUAGGAGAACAGGCUUUGGGCUGGGUAAAAUCAACUUGUUUUUAUGUAUGUAUGUAACAAUGGAAAGUGAUUCAUUAAAGCACUGCUAAAGAAUAUAGCUUAGUGGUAAGGCCAGGCGUUGAUUCCCAACAAGUGUAACCGUGCUUAUGGCACCACACCUACAAGCCAGCAGUUGGAAGACAUUACAGGAUUGAGUUCUAGGCCAGCAUGGAUUACAGGCAAGACUGCUUGAAAAAACAACAAAAGCUAGAUGAGGUGAUGCCCACCUGCAGCCCAGGCAGCCCAGGCAGGAGGAUCAACAAGUUAAAGCUAACCUAGUCCAUGUAGUAAGUUCCAGGCCAGCCAGACUUGCGUAAGUGUAAUGUGUUUCUGGGGGAAGUCUGUCAGGAUAACCUACCUGCAUUGGCGUCAGGGGUAGGUCAGGCAUCCCAUCUGGUUGCAGGUAAGGUCUUGGGCAGUGAGUCUGUCCCCAGUAGGCCUAUGUACUUUAUGAUACCUUGAGAAACCCACCUUUUCAUGCAAAUGCUGUUUAAUACAGAUGUAUAAGUCCUGGCAUAGAAUUCUGGAAUGGCUCUGUUGAGCCCUGACUAGCCUUCCUAGCACAUGCACAGAUGUAUAACCAAUGUCACUAUCUGUUCCCAGAACUUUAUACCCUAAGACAAAUGCCUGCCCACCCACCCCUAAGCCCAGUUCGAUUCUGGAUUUGUGUUUUCUAGAAUAAUUGGGUCUGUGGCUUUUUGUUUUGUUGAGACGUGAUGUCUUUAUGUAGCUCUGGCUGUCCUGAAGCUCACUAUGUAGACCAGGUUGGUAUCAGGCUCGCAGAGAUCCUCCUGCCUCUGCCUCUUGAGUACUGAGAUGAAAGGCAUAAAGGCAUGAUCCACCACUCCUGGCUGAGUGUGUGGCCUUUGUUUUCAAGUUCUUCCAUGUUGUGAUACAUACCAAUACUUCACUCCUAUUCAUUGCACAUAAAAAUCACAAUAGAGGACUGGGGAGAUAGCUCAGUGGAGAAAGCACUUUCCGUACAGUCACGAGGACUGAGUCGGGAUCCCCAGCGUCCAUAUAGAAACCAGGUGCCUGUGGCAGCCUGCCUGUAAUCCUGGCCUGUGUGAGGGGAGCCAGGAUCCCUGGAGCAGGCUGGGUAAGGAGACUAGCCGACAUCAGCGUGUUGUGGAUUCAGCAGGAGGCUCAGUCAAUAAAGUGGAGAGCGAUCAAGGGAGACACCCAGCUACAACCUCCGGCCUCUGCUGGCGCCUGCGCGCACACACACCAAUAGGCAUGUGCCCACAGUAGACACACAUGCACACCACACAUAAAUACACACAAAAAAAAUCAGAGUGGAUGGAGUCAUAUUUUGUCUAUUGCCCUUUUUGUCUUCUUUUGUGAAUCAGGGUCUCUCUGUGUAGCCCUGGCUGUCCUGUAACUCACUCUGUAGACCAGGCUGACCUCAAACUCACAGAGAUCUGCCUGCCUCUGCCUCCCAGGGCUGAGAUUACAGGCGUGCUCUGCAUGGCCUGCUUCCUUGUUUCGUUAUUGACAUUUGGGCUGUUCCCACCAUGGAGCCGCCAUGAAUACCUGUGCUUGAGUUUUCGUGUAGAUAAGUGUUUCUGUUAAUCCCUGAUUCAUACAGUAACCCUACUUUGUGAUGAACUGCAAACUGUUGAAUGGUGGGUGCUGAGAAGACAUUUUUUCUAUCCUUUCCCUUUAAGGUGGCCCUGAUCUUUGAAGAUGAGUUCUCUGUUUUCUAGUCAGGCUUUCUCUGUGUAGCCUUCGCUGUCCUAGACUCACUUCCCUGAAUGCUGGGAUUAAAGAUGUGUGCCACCAUGACCAGCUUGAAGCUGAGCUUUUUGUUUUGUUUUGAUUUUUAAGAUAUACUUAUUUAUUCUGCCUACAUAUAUGCCUACAGGCCAGAAGAGGGCACCAGAUCUCAUUAUAGAUGGUUGUGAGCCACCAUGUGGUUGCUGGGAAUUGAAUUCAGACCUCUGAAAGAGUAGACAGUGCUCUUAAUCUCUCUGAGUCAUCUCUUCAGCCCAAAGCUGAGUUCUUUUUUUUUUUUUUUAAGCUUUUUAAAAAAAGAUUUAUUUAUUAUGUCUACAAUGUUCUGUCUGCAUGUACACCUGCACACCAGAAGAGGGCACCAGAUCUCUCUAUAGAUGACUUUGAGUCACCAUGUAGUUGCUGGGAAUUGAACUCAGGACCUCUGGAAGAGCAGCCAGUGCUUUUAACCUCUGAGCCAACUCUCCAGCUCCCAAAGCUGAGUUCUUAAUCCAUUCAAUUAACCAAUGCCUCUUAAUUAGGGAGCUGAGGCCAUUAAAAUUUAAAAUUAUAUCUAAAGGUGUAUGUUGGUUGCUGUUUUGCUUUUUGUAUUUUUUAUCUUAUUCUGUGUUUCCAUAAUUACAGCUUCAUUCGUUUUAUUUCUGUAAUCUUUUGACUAUGCUUUUUACUUUCCAGUCCAAAAACAAAAUACUGCUUUCAAUAUUCUCUUUAGGGCUGGUUUGAUGGAUAUGAAUUUUUUUUGUUUGUUUAUAUCAUGGAAAUUUUUUCUUUCUCCUUUAUCUAUGGCAAAUGGAAUCAGGAAGCAAGAAGUGUCACUACCUUUUUAUUUUUUAAGACAGUGUCUCACUAUGUAGUCCUGGCUGCUGUAAACCAGAUGGGCCUUGAACUCACAGAGAUCUUCCUGCUUCUGCCUUUUAAGUGGUGGAAUUAAAGACAUUUGCCACUUUGCCUAGUCAGUAUUGCUGUUUUAAAAUCUGACAAAAUAGAUUUCAGACUAAAAUUAAUCAGAAGAGAUAAAGAAGGACACUUCAUUCUAAUCAAGAGAACAAUUGAACAAAAAUACAUUACAGUUCUGUAUGCACCAAAUUCUGGCACACCAAAUUUCAUAAGAAACAUACCAUUGAAUUAAAAACACAGAUUACUCCAAAUCAGUAUUAGGGGCUGAUUUCAGUAUCCCACUUUCUUCAGUAGACAGGUCAUGUGGACAAAAAAAUAAAAUAGAAGAAUCAGAAUUAAGUGAUACCAUACAUAAAAUGAACCUAAGAAAUAUGUACAGAAUGUUUGACUCAAACACCAAAGAACAUACAUUCUACUCAGCAGGCCAUGGAUGUGUCUAUGAAAUAGAUCACAUUGACCAGGCCAAGGUGGCACACAGCUUUAGCUCCAACCCAGGAGACAGGCAAGCAGAUCUCUGAGUUUGAGGCCAGCCUGGUCUGCAGAGUGAGUUCAAGGAUAGUCAAGGAUAGCCAGAAACCUGUCUCAGAAAAUAGAAAUAAUAAAGUGGAUCACAUAAUUUGACACAAAACAUACCAAGUUCAGGAAAAUUGAAAUAAUUCAGUGUAUCUUAUCUAACCACAAUACAGUAAAGCUUCAAGUCAAUGGCAAACAAAUCCCUAAUAUAUACAUUGAUGCAGAUUAAAUAACACAUUACUAAAUAAUGAAAAGAUCAAAAAUAAUCAAGAAAAAGUUUUAAUCCUGAAGUUAAAUAAAAUUGAAAACAUAAUACAACAAAACCUCUGGGUACAUUAAAUGGACCUAAGAGGUACUAACUAACAUAGCUCCUAGUACCUAUUUAAAAAAUCAGAAGAGGCAGAAAUAAAUGAUAGUGAUGUGAUUCAAUGAUUUCAAAAAACAGCAAACCAAACCCAAACCUAGUAGGAACAAAUAGUAAAAACAUCAUAAAUUAAUGAAAUCAAAAGAAAAUGAUAAAAAGAAUCAAUGAAUCUUAAGAGCUUGUUCUUUGACAAGCUGUCAGCAGACCCUUGGCCCAGCUAACCAAAAACAAAAAACCCAAAGACAUGAUUCAAAUUAAUAGAAUUAGUGUUGAACAGGGAAACAUCACAACAGACACCAGUGAAACUCAGAGUACUGUAAAGGAAUACUUUAAACAACCUGUUCUCCAUCAAGUUAGAAACACUGAAAGAAGAGAAAGCACGCACGUGGUGCACAUAAGUGAAAGUAAAACACUCACGCAUAAUUUUUUUAAUUAAAAAAAAAUGGAUGGAUAUUUUGUACUCAUCCAAACCACCAAGAUUAAGCAAAAGCCCAGAUGGAUUCACAGGAAAAUUCCAGCAGACUUUCAAAGACCUACAGCCAAUCUUUUUUUUAACAAUUUAUUCAUUGCAUAUCCUGGUUGUAGCCCCCUCCCAGUCCCACCGUCCCUCCCCCCCCCCAUUCCCUUCUCCUAGUCUACUGAAUUAGAAAAAGAAAGAAAGAAAAACAGCGGAACAUUUGCCCAACAACAACAAAACUAUAGGCCAAUAUCCCUAAUGAGCGUGGAUGUAAAAAUCCUUAAUAAAAUACUGCAAACUGAAUGCAAGCAAAUAUCAAGAAGUUCACCCAAGUAAGGACUGAAUGUAGAUAAUCAACACUUGAGUCAUGAAAGAGGAUAUAAAGGUUUUGUAGUUUUAGCACUUUUUGUUUAGCGCUUAAAAAUGUCUGAUAGUCAAAGUGUAAAAGUGUAAAAUCCAGUGUGAAGCUGUUCACUGAGAUGGAUAAACUUUGGGUCUGGUUCCUUUCACUGUGUGAUGUUUUUGUAAGUUUUUUGUAAUAAAGGCUUUUUGGUAUUUUG